UCAGCUCCCUCCGCUUCCGGAAGCCCGCGCGGCGCCGCUGGGAGCCGACGGGAGGGGCCGCGAGCGCGCGUGUGCGCCUGCGCUCCAGCCGGGAACGCUGCGGGCCGCGCGAGAGGAGGCAGGAGUGGCCGCAGUCCUCAGGUAUAUUUUUGCCAUCAUGGAUCCGUUCGCAGAUAUAUCGGAAGGUGAAGUGGACCAUUCUUUCUUUGAUAGUGACUUUGAAGAAGCAAAGAAAUGUGAAAGUAACUCCAUUUUUGACAAGCAAAAUAGUGGCGCUGAGGAGAGAACAGAUGAAGAUAUGGAAAAUGUAAAUUUGAAAUUUGGAAUGCAAAGAAAGGAAAGUGAACUUACAGAGAAAAGAGAUGAAAUAAAAGAGAAAAUCUCUCCAGAAGAGCAUGCUGUAGAAAAUCGUAAUACACAAACCAGAAAUUCCUUAUCAUCAACCACUUCUUCAAGAUCAGAAAAAUUAUGUGAUGUUACAACAGGAUAUAAAAUGCACAUACACUUGCCCAUUCCAAACAGAAUUCCCAAAAUUAUAAAAGAGGGUGAAGAUGAUUACUAUACAGGUGGAGAGGAAAGCAGUGAUGAUGGGAAAAAGCAUGUUCGGUCCAAGUCAAGUAAACCAUCUAAUAAUUUUAGAAAAAACAUAAGUAAAAAGUAUUCCAAAAGGAGUUCCUCUUCCACCUCUUUCUCUUUGUCCUCCUCAUCUUCAGUUUCAGGUACAGAUUGUUCAGAUGCAGAGUCUGACAACUGUAUAUCUGAUUCAUCUCCAUCAUUCAAGAAACGCCUCUCUGUUGUAACCCAUGUGUCACCAAAACAGAAAUAUAAACCAGGCAUAAAAUCAACAGAAACACAGCCUACAAGUGGUAAACCAAAAGUCGGUGUCUACACAGAGGAAUCUGAAGAUACUGUGACAGAUGUCACUCCUUUAUCGACUCCAGACAUCAGCCCUAUUCAGUCUUUUGAACUGGGUACCUCAAUUAAUCAAAAAGUAAAAGUUAAAACACAAGAAAAUGUGAGUCAAGAAGUAUAUGGAACUGUUGAGGUUUUAAAAAAUGAGUCAAAAUCUUUGAAAUCAGCCGAAAAAGGGAAAGAAAAACACAUGCCCAAUCUCAUCUCAAAACCUUCAGUGUUAGAUUCCACUUCAGACCACAAGUACAACCAAAAAGUCUUACACGACACAAUGGAUUUGAAUCAUCUUUUGAAAGCUUUUCUGCAAUUAGAUAAAAAGGGACCACAAAAACAUCAUUUUGAUCAGCCUUCAGUAGUGCCAAGGAAAAAUUACUCUUUUACAAGAGAGGAGGUGCGGCAGAUUGAUCAGGAAAAUCAGAGGCUUUUGAAAGAAUUGUCAAAACAGGCUGAAAAAUCAGGAAGCAAAAGUUCGGUUCCCAGAAGAUCGAUGGGUCAUCCCCCUAAGUUAUAUCAUACUGCUCUCAACAGACAGAGGGAACAACAAAGGAUUGAAAGAGAAAAUUUGGCUUUAUUGAAAAGGCUUGAAGCUGUGAAACCAACAGUUGGUAUGAAGCGCUCUGAACAACUGAUGGACUAUCAUCGCAAUAUGGGUUAUCUCAACUCAUCACCAUCCUCAAGACGUGUGCGGUCAACUUUUGGCCAGUAUAGCCCAUUAAGAGGAGCUUCCAGGACAUCCAGUGCUACCAGUGGUCUCAGUUUUAAGAGUGAGCGAGCAGUUGACACAUCCAGUGAUCUGUUGCUAAGACCUAAGCCCCUUAAUGUCCAUACGGCUUGGUCAUAAAAACUCUUUUUACUUUAAAUACUUGUUCAUCCAAUUCUUAACUGAAGUGCUUUUGUAUAUUACUCUAAUUCUCUGUAUGAACAUCUAUAAUACUGUCUUAAACAAUUUCAGGUGUACGAGUUUUAACUUACUGUAAUUCAGUGCAGAUUGUUUUCAAAAUGACAAUAAUGUAAAAUCAGUGUUUCUAAUGAGGAUGUAUUUCUGUGAGAUGCGUACGUGUGAUAGAGAAAUGGUAGUAUACAUGUAUAUUUUCUCAACAUAGAAAUUUUCUCAACAUAAAAUCUCAACAUUUCUCCCAAGAUGUUAACUAUAUAGUUCUCAUUUUCUGUUUUUGUUUUGUUUUUUUUUUUAGCUUUUAAACCGUGAGUAUAGCUCCUAAGUUUGACCAACUUUGUUUUCUGUUUGCAAUCAGAAUUUAGGUGGUGUGACUCCUAACUGGAUUAUAAGACAGUUACAGUUUCUUAUACUGAAACAAAUCUUGAAUUUUUUCUAAUUGGUGGAACUGCUUUAGAUAUAAUGAACAGAUUGUACUGGGGCAAUCUUUGUGAUUCAUAAGAGGUAUCUGCUACCUCUGUGUAACCUCACUGAGUUAGAUCUUAAAAUUUAAUCAGCCAUUCCAAAUCAUUUUGAACUCCUCUGAGUAUUAGAAAGUUCAGCUCAGAAGCUCCUUUUCUGUGUAUUUAGACAUUCGGAAAAAAUACUAUUAAUGAGUCAGAGAGAUAAGGUAAGCUUUAGAGCUAUAGUCUGCUGCAUUGUGAAUAGUUUGUCCAAGGGCCACAUCAUCAUAAGCAAAACCAAGUAUUUGUUAAAUCAGCAAAAUAACACCACUAGUUUGAAGAGCCAAAAAGCAGAUCUUGAGUUGUGUCAGAACAGUGUUUUGAGAGAUACUGUUAACAACUUGUAUUACAUUUAGUAUUUAUUGUAUUAAGAGAGAAGAUAAGUAAAGAGAUGCAUGGUCUCAAAGCUUUAGAAAUUCUAGCUAGUGUUUUUAAGGGCUGAAAAAGAAAACUAAAAUAUGAACAAUAAAGGGAAAAAGUCACAUGUUUGUUGAGGCUACUUUAAGUGUCAGCUAAUAUUCUUGGUUUGGUUUGGUUUGCGCUUUUGGGUUGAAUCCUGAAAGUAUCAUUUUUGCCAGUCCCACUUUUAAAGGCCUAGUAAUAUUAAUGGAAAUCGUUAUGCACAUAGGGUGCAGUACAAAUGCAAAUUAGGCAAAUAGGUUAUGAUGUAGUUGAAUUUUGAAAUUAGAAUUUUUUCUGUCCAGCUCUAGGCUCUUAAUUUAUAAUACAAAGUCAUGAUUGCUUCUGCUGUCCUAACAUGGUUUUUCAUUACUGACCUUUUCAGUAUGCCAUUAGAACAUAUUGGAAGGUUUCCAUGUUAAAUGCCAAAUCUUCCUUUUUUAAUAAGAAUUUUUCAUGUUUAGCCACAGUAAGAUUUGUUUUUUAUUUUUCCAAGUUAACUCAAGCUUUGUGAAUGUAUACUGAACUUGGUUUUCUUUUAACACCUUUGGCAGCAGUCCAAACUGCAUUCUGCUAAACCUCAAUUCAGAAUUUCUUGGUCUUAGUUUGUAUUGUUAGGUUUUGUUGAGGUUAGGGCACGUGAGGUGUGGGAACAGUGGGGUCAAAAACUUCAUGUGAACACAGCCUGUGAGAUUUUUCUCCCUUUGAGCUAUAAUUAUAAUGUUCAUUCAUUUUUGUUUGAUGCUUUGUUCUGGUGAACAAGUUUAUAGAUCAUUUAGUGCUCUGCUUUAUGUAUAAACUUCAGCUAUACUAAACCAAGGUUUUGUUUUGUGUUUUAACUUACUGAUUUUUAAUAUUUGUAUAACAAUUUACCUUUGGAAGAGCAUCUAUAACUCAGCAUUUGGACAUCUGCCCAAUAGUAAAUUAGCCAGUUUUUUUAAGUCAGUUUUUAAGUUUGUGGGAAAAAAUGUAAGAAACCUUUUAUGUUCAUAAUGGCAAUUAGUCUCUGAAUACCCUUUGUGUUCUUUGCUGCCCUGUGUAUGGGUCAAGGUAUAACACAUAAUUUCAUAGAUAAAGCUAUACUUUGAUUUUAGAUACUAAUUUAACACCUUUAGUUUUCAGUACCAGGAAUCCAACUGAAAUAAAAGUCAGGAAGAGCAACAAUACUGAUCAAAGCAGAAUUUACAAUUCUGUUGUCAUGAUUACUCAUAUAUGAUGAGUAUAAAUAGAAUAUAAAUAGAAAGAUAGGAGUUUUAAAAUGUGAUAUUCUCUGAUGUAAGUCAAGGUACUUUAACUUUUAUGGUUUGAGGGGCAUUUUUAUGAAGGAGUCACAAGUAUAUACUGUUUUCAUUUUCAAGAACAUAAAGUGAAGGGUAAUUUGUACCAAUUUGGUUCACUUGUACAUAAUACAUAUUUACAUCUGUAACUAGAAAUUAAAACUAAUCCAAGGUCUAAAAUUAUCAGGCAGGAUUCUUAGAGUUAUUUUCAUAUCUGUCAAAUGUUAAACUAAUGUUGCCUCCUUUUUAAUGAUUCUAUGAAAGGUUUUGAAUUAUUAAAAUUCCCUAAGGGAUAGCUAUUAAUACUUCUCCAACUUCCUUUCUUCAAUCUCCAUAAAAAGCUGCUUUCUUAGCUACUACUACAAAUAAAAAUUUUCUAGUUUGCUUAUAAAUGUAGUGUAAUGCAGUUGUUUUCAACCCAUUAACCCAAAUGUCCAAAAUGGGUAUCUAGACAACUUUAAAAGAGGUCAUUGUGAUGGAUAUGAUUGUGUGCUUCUCAUUUUUGGAUUCAAAUACUCCACACUAAGAAAAGUAUUAUAACCAAUAUACUCUUGAGACACAAGUUUAUUAUAUUUUUAAUAAAUGUUUAAUAACUUAAAUGCCGAAUAACCUAUAAAUGAUUGUAUACAAUCCUAGAAAAUGUGCUUAAUGCUAAUGGCUAUUUUAUUUCCACAAAUAAAAAUUAGUAAGAACCUUAAAAAUCAA